GUGGUAAAAUGAGUCGUGCUCAACACACGUGAAUUUGCCUUUAUUCGAGUUGUUGCUGUUGAAAGGAUGCCUUCUGCCGCUGCGAAGAGCGACGUUAAGCCCGUUUUUGAGGGCGACAGCCCCAUCAAAGCUGCACUUAUCGUUGUGGAUAAGAAAGUUAGAAACCUGGAAAAGAGGAAGGGCAAGCUAGAUGGUUACCGUGAGAAAUACAACAAUGGAGAAACGCUCAAUGAAGACCAAAAGGAAGCCAUAGACAAGUAUGAUUCUGUGAUCAUCAAUUUGGAGUUUGCAAGGGACCUGCAGAAACAGUUUAUGCAAAUUCAGGCGGAGUCUGAAAAGAUGCUGAAGAAGCAACAGAAGCGUGAAAAGGGUGAGAAGCAAGCACAAGAGGCACGGCGAAUGCGUGAACUUUUACAUCUUCAGAACGUCUUGGACAACAUGGGGUCUGAAACUGUGAGGCAGGACUUUAAGGAAGGGAAAAGAGGUGCAGUGGUUUUGACUGAUGAGAAUCUUAACCAUCUGGACGAGCUGUUCAAGUUAAUCAGUCCGACCAGAGAGGGAGAGACCAGUUAUGAGAAACAGCUGAAUGAAGCCUCUGAACACAUCGUGAACCUGCUGGAUGCCAAGGACAAGCCUGUCUUGGGGACCACCUACAAGGCUCUGAAAGAACUCCUGAGCAAGAUUGAUGGCUGUGGCUAUUUUACCAACCCCCCUGCUGAAGAAACAGCAGACCAGCAAGAUAAUGCUUCUGAGGACAGCAGCGGAAACAGUGAGGAGUAUGUGAUGGUGAAGACGGAUGAAGUCCCUGAUCAGAGUUCCUCUGAGGUGCGUAUGACUUCCCUGCCUCAGGACAGUGCAACCCAUCCUCCCCAAACCCAGCAACCCCCACAGACCCAGCAGCAAGGCAACGGAACAAACAUGGUGGGCAUCUCAUUCUAUACUGAAACCCCCUCCCAAGAAGCCAUGACUGCAGCCGUUGCUGCAGCAGCGUAUCAAAAUCAGCAAAGGCCAUUCCAGGAGAUUGUGUCGUCGGUUCAGGGCACGUACGACUUUCUCCAGGAAUCCCAGAUUGAGCCAGACUCCCCCCAUGUGGACCCAGCAGUUGUAGCUGCCCAGCCCAUGGUGCCAAAGAUUCCUCAUCCACAAUCACAGACAGAUGGCAGUGGUCUCUCCUCGCAGUCUUGGGGUGACCAGGCCGAUCAUCAUAGCGAACAGCUGCAGGAACAGCAGCAGCAGCAGUAUUUCCAGUCAGAAUCAACACAGCCACAAAAACAAACAUUACAAAGUCAGCAGCAAUCCAGCUAUGACACGUCUGCCUAUGGCAGUCAAGGCUAUGACAUGAUGUCACAAAAUGCGCCGUCCUCCUACGGCGGCACUGGCCUGGAACAUACACACAUGAACUUGAAUGACGGAGAUAGAACGCUGCCUGAUGUGCCCCCUAGUAUUCCUUUACCAAACCAGACGACCCUCGCAGAUCAACAGGCUGACGAGAAGAAGACAUUCACAAUGAACGCCAGUGCCCCUGUAUUCCAGUCUAUGUAUACUCAGGCUCCAGCAGCUCACACAGAAUCCAGCAGCAUUGCUACCACAGUGGAUAGCAUGGGACAGCAAGACAUGACGUCAGACUAUAACUCAGCAGGUGGCUAUUCACGGAAUCAGUUCAAUGGCUAUGGUGGACGUGGUGGCUCAAGAGGUGGACCACGUGGAGGACGAGGAAUGAACUCUGGAUACCGUGGUGGUAGAGGUGGCCCCCCUUUCAAUUCAAGAGGCGGUUUCCGGGGAGGAAGAGGUGGAGGAGAAUCGAGGGGAGCAAGAGGCACUUAUCAUGGCUACCCGCCUCGUAGCAACUACAGGCCUGAAGGAUACCAGGGAGUGAAUGGUGGGUUGGACACUUAUAACAAGCAAGGCGCUGGUGCACACAGGGGUGGAGGAUACAGAGGUGGACCCCGUGGUGGUAGUGCAGGAAGAGGGGGAAGGGGAAAUUAUGGCGGAAAAUCCAACAGCUAUGGUGGGUCAACACCUCCACAAGUGGCAGCAUAACAAGAAGCAACAACAACAAAUAUUAAGUCUCGAAUUUGAAAGUCCAGUAAAAAAGAAAACAACAACAGCAGGAGAAUAGUGUGGUGUUAGAGACAGCUUUCUCCUUUUAGAGCUUGGAUGUUUGGAGUAUGAAGGAAUGUACUCCUCUAACUUUUCAGUUUGAGGCUAAAGAUCAGCGAAGUUAGAAGGCAAAUUUCAAGAGCAACAACAAAGUUGGAAGAAAAAAAUAUUUAAAAAAAAAAACAAAAAAAAAGUAUUUGUCAUGACCAAUAGGGAAAGUAAAAACAAGACUAUCAGACCCAAGUGGAUUGCUUGAUCUAGAGUCAUCUCAGCAACAGUGUUUUGGUUCUAUAAGUAUAACUAACAACUUAACUGUGUUGUUCGUAAGUAUAUAUUUAAGAAAGCAUGAAAUCCCAAACUGGGAAUUUUCAGUUAAGAGAAAAAAAAAGUAAAAAGCAGAAAAAAAAGAGAAAAACCCACUGAUGUGACAGAGCACUUUGUUAUUUAGCUAUGUUUCCUCAGGAUAACAAUCUGUUGCAGCGGUUCUUUUACUACAUCCACUCCAUAGAUGCUUGAAAGCUAUGUUGAUAAUUUGCUUAGGGGAUUGGGGAAGGGGGUGGGACCUGUACAGAGUUGGACUGUGGCAGAGCAUCUUUUGUAAACAAAUUUUUAGGGUUCCUUGUCAAAGGCAGUAUGUUAGGUAUCAUAUAUCGGAUGUAUUGCGGAUGUAAAUUUAAAGUGAUGGUCCUGUCUUUAUUUGCUCCCAUCUCUGCUUUUGUAUGUGCAUACUCAGAUGUUUAUAGAAGCCAAAUAAAUUCUCUCAGUAAAA